GUAUUUUUGCAGCAGGUCCUUGCUCCUUUAGGAAUGCACUUGUCCAUGGAAUCGUCAAUGUCUCUCUUUGCCGUCGUCUCGAGUACCUCAUCUGCAGGAUUUCUCAUCAAACAUCCCAAGUCCCAGUUCCAGGCUCACUGCCCCUGCACUUCAUCCCUUCAAAUCAAAUCCAGCUAUAAGCAAAACAGCAUCAAUUCCUCAACAAUCGUCCCUUAUUUCAAUUGGAACACUUCCGCUACUAUUUCAUACCGCACUUCCAUUGUUUCCCCAGCUUCUCCGCCGACAAGAACAACCUCAACGUCACCUCCAUCUACCCCCGCCGGCCACCGUCAUUGGAGGGUAGUCAUGGAGGCUCCAGCACCAGGGACAAAUUCCAAGCCCCAAAUAAUUGAUUACUAUGUCAAUACAUUAAACAAUGUCUUAGGAAGUGAGAUAGACGCUCAAAUGUGUAUUUACGAGGCUUCAUGGGAAACCCAAUUCGAAUUCUGCUGUGACAUUUAUGAAGAAACAGCUCAACAGCUUGCUUUAUUACCAGGUGUUUUAUCAGUCAGGCCUGACAUAGCUAUUAAUUCGAAAGAAAGACCAUUCGAAAACAUAUUACCUGCAAACACUUUGUUGUUUCCCGAAGGAAAUACGAGUCGCUGGCUUGUUCGAUUGGACAAGCCAAGCAUUGGAGUUGUUUCUAAGGCACAAAUGGUUGAUUACUACACGAAAUUGUUGACUAAAGUCAUGGGGAAUGAGAAGGAUGCCCAAAUGUGUAUAUAUCAUAUUUCAUGGCAAUCUGACUUUGGAUUCUGUUGUGAACUUGAUGAGGACUGUGCUGGACAAUUAUCUGGCUUGCCAGGUGUGUGUACUGUCCAGCCAGAUGAGAAAUUUGAAUUUGUUGAAAAGGAUUAUGCAGGUGAGAAUUCACAGCAAUCUGGUCUUUUGAAAGUUCCUACAACAGAAAAUCCGCCCAAGGUUAAAACCAAGAAACUUUUUGUGACUGGUUUAUCAUUCUAUACAUCCGAGAAAACUCUGCGUGCUGCAUUUGAUGGUUUUGGCGAAAUCGUCGAAGUUAGGAUCAUAAUGGACAAAAUUUCCAAAAGAUCUAAAGGUUACGCUUUUGUUGAGUACACAACUGAGGAAGCUGCCCGUGUGGCCCUUGGGGAGAUGAACGGCAAGAUCAUCAAUGGCUGGAUGAUAACUGUAGAUGUCGCUAAAACCAACCCACCAAAAUACAGCAGAUCGAAUCCCAGUCCCUCCUCCUGAUGUUUCUGUCUGCUUGAGUUGGAGAAAAAAGAAAUUUUAUUGAGAAAGAGUUGGAACCUGAUUAGAUAGCAUCCAUCCAAUGAUUAACAAAUAGGUAACCCAUGAAAAUUUACUCCAAUUUUGACAAUGCAUGCAUAUGAAGUGACAAAAACAGUUAUAUAUUGUAUUAAUGUAUGUACAUAUGCAUAUGAUUCAGUUAUGGAUGAUUUGUGCUUUUGUUCUACAGAUAUAAACUUGAGGUUCCUUUGCUCCAUAUUUAUAUUAGUCAUAACUAUUGAACAUAGAAGAAGUGAUAGGAUAGAUCAUGUAAAGCAAAUGUUAGAUAUAUUCAAGUAUUGUUAUAGCCACCAUCAUUCAUUUUCUUCUUCUGACUC